UAAAGACUAAGUCAUAUCUUAUUUUAAUGGAAUCAAUCUCAAAUCUAUUCCACAAGCAGUAAUAAAUUACACAAAGCAAAAAAAAUAUUUUAAACUAGGCAAGGCUUCGUUCCACAUUUCUUACAACUUACAAUUAAGAAAAUUAAGUACCUACAUUUUAAAGAUACUAUAUACUAACAAAAUUCAAAGUCGUUGUUAUUAAAAAAAAGACAUCUAGAACAUUAAAAUCCAUUGGCAUGAAACAGAAUUCUGUUUUAACCUCACAUUCACCUUCCAACAUGAAUGAACACAAUUAAGCUCCCCUUAAUUCUUGUACCCCCAAUCCCCAUAAUAAAUUAUAGCAAUUAAUUAAUACCACAAACAUUAAUCACUUUGUUGAAAUAUUUCUAAUUCUCUUCUACCUUAGACUCCUCCUCCUUGCACUUAAAUUUCACCACCGCGACAACCCCUUCUUAUUCAUUCACAAUUUUUUUUUUUGAAAUAAUUUGGUGGUGAGAGUUUAAGUGAACAAGGAUAUAUAGAGGAGCGAGUUCAUUAUUUUUCAAAAAAUUCUUAAUCGCGUGUUACUAUUCCUCAAGGAUUUCUCGAUUAUAAAAAAAAUUGUAUCGCGCACCACCGGCAGUCGAGGAUUUUUAGGUUAUAAAAAAAAAAUCAGGUGAUGAAAAUGUCAGCUGUCGUUGAACCAAUCUCACCAAACAAGGCCUUGAUCAUGGAUACAUUGAUGAAUGAAGAUGAUCAACAAGAGAAGAUGAAAAUGCAGGAUGAUGAAAGUUUGAGGGAGGAGCAACUUCUUGGGAGUGAUCAUAGCUCUUCAGAUGGAGUCCAAGCAGAGAAGGAAUUAGAACCAGAGGUACAACAACCAAAAUUAUACAUAAUUUGCCCAGGCCGAUCAGAUUUGGAGCUGUCAGAGCCGUUCAUUUCCACCCCUAAAGAUUGCCUUUUCACUCUCAAGGAAGCAAGUCGUUACAAGCUCAAAUUUUCUUUUACAGUCUCCAACAACGUUGUCUCUGGUCUCAAAUACAUCAACACUACUUGGAAAUCUGGUGUAAGAGUUGAUAAGUCUCAAGUGAUGCUGGGAACUUUUAGUCCUCGGAAAGAGCCAUAUGUAUAUGAAUUAGAGGAAGAUGUCACACCUUCUGGUGUCUUUGCGAGGGGCUUAUAUACAGCAAGAACACAGGUUAUAGAUGAAAAAGAAAGAUGCUAUGUGGAUAUCAAGUACUACUUUGACAUUCAAAAGCAAUGGCGUGAAAGCUCCUAAAGAUGUAGUUUUUAUAUAAUUUCAAGAGUCUAAUGUAGAGAAUUGAGGAUCUUUUUCUUUAUUGGAAGUCAAAUUUUGCCAUGAAAUAGUAUUUCAUUGUUUAAUCAUUUAAGGUGCAUAGUUCUAAUUUUAUUUCUUUCCUCUU